UAUCCAGUUGAAGUUUCUACAGCGUAUACUAACAGAACGCUGAUGUUACCACUCGAAAUUUCUACAAAGUAUACAAACGGAACACUCAUGUCUCCAGUUGAAUGUUCUACAGCGUAUACUAACUGAACAUUGAAGUUAACAGUUGAAGUUACUACAGUGUAUAAUAACGGAACACUGAUGGCACCAGUUGAAGUUUCUACGGAGUAUAAUAACGGAACACUGAUGUCGUUAUUUGAAGUUUCUACAGGGUAUACUAACGGAACACUGAUGUCGCCAUUGAAAAUUCUACAGCGUAUACUAACGGAACAUUAAAGUCACCAGUUGAUGUUUCUACAGCGAAUAAUAAAGGAACACUAAUUUGACGAGUUGUAUUUUCUACAGCGUAUACUAAGCGAACAGUGAUGUCACCAGUUGAAAUUUCUACAGUGUAUAAUAACGGAACACUGAUGUUACCAGUUGAUGUUUCUAAAGCGGAUAGUUAAGGAACACUGAUGUGACCAGUUAAGUUUCUACAGCGUAUAAUAACGGAACAUUGAUGUUGCCAGUUGAGGUUUCUAUAGCGUUUACUAACGGAACACUGAUGUCAUCAGUUGAAGUUUCCACAGCAUAUACUAACCGAACACUGAUGUCACCAGUUGAAGUUUCCACAGCGUAUACUAACGGAACACUGAUGUCACCAAUUGAGGUUUCUACAGCGUAUAAUAACGGAACAUUGAAGUCGCCAGUGUAAUUUUAUACAUCGUAUAAUAAUGGAAUACUGAUGUCGCCAGUGUACGUUUCUACAGCGGAUAGUAACGGAUCCCUGACGUCACCACUUGAUGUUUCUGCACCGUAUACUAACGAAACACUGUUUUCACCAGUUGAAGUUUCCACAGCGUAUACUAACGGAACAUUGAUGUCACCAGUUGAAGUUUCUACAGCGUAUAAUAACGGAAUACUGAUGUCACCAGUUGAAGUUUCUACAGCGCAUAAUAACGGAACACUCAUGUCUCCAGUUGAAGUUUCUACAGCGUAUAAUAAUGGAACAUUGAUGUCGCCAGUUGAAGUUUCUGCAGCGUAUAAUAAUGGAACAUUGAAGUUGCAAGUUGAAGUUUCUAUAGCGUUUACUAACGGAACAUUAAAGUCGCCAGUAGUAGUUUCUACAGCGUACAAUAACAGAACACUGAUCUAUCCAGUUGACGUUUCUACUGCGUAUACUGACAGAACACUGAUGUUACCACUCGAAAUUUCUAAAAAGUAUACAAACGGAACACUCAUGUCUCCAGUUGAAUGUUCUCCAGCGUUUACUAACCAAACAUUAAAGUCACCAGUUGAUGUUUCUACAGCGAAUAAUAAAGGAACACUAAUUUGACGAGUUGUAUUUUCUACAGCGUAUGCUAACGGAACAUUGAAGUUAACAGUUGAAGUUACUACAGCGUAUAAUAACGGAACACUGAUGUUACCAGUUGAUGUUUCUAAAGCGGAUGGUUAAGGAACACUGAUGUGACCAGUUAAGUUUCUACAGCGUAUAAUAACGGAACACUGAUGUCACCAGUUGAAGUUUCUACGGAGUAUUAUAACGGAUCACUGAUGUCGCUAUUUGAAGUUCCUACAGGGUUUACUAACGGAACACUGAUGUCGCCAUUUGAAGUUUUUACGGCGUUUAGUAACGGAACACUGAUGUCACCAGUUGAUGUUUCUACAGCGAAUAAUAAAGAAACACUGAUGUCCUCAUUGUAAGUUUCUACAGCGUAUACUAACGGAAUACUGAUGUCGCCAGUUAAGGUUUCUACAGCGUAGAAUAACGGAACACUGAUGUCACCAGUUGAAAUUACUACAUCGUAUAAUUACGGAAUACUGAUGUUCUCAGUGUACUUUUCUAUAGCUUAUACUAACGGAAUACUGAUGUGGCCAGUUGAUGUUUCUACAGCGUAUAAUAAAGGAACACUGAUGUCCUCAGUGUAAGUUUCUAAAGCGUAUACUAACGGAACACUGAUGUCACCAGUUGAAGUUUCUACGGAGAAUAAUAACGGAACACUGAUGUCACCAGUUGAAGUUUCUACGGAGUAUAAUAACGGAACACUGAUGUCGCCAGUUAACGAUUCUACAGUGUAUAAUAACGGAACACUGACGUUAUUAGUUGAAGAUUCUACAGCGUAUACUAACGGAACAUUAAUUUUGCCAGUUCAAGUUUCUACAGCGUAUAAUAAAGGAACACUGAUGUCGCCAGUGUAAGUUUCUACAGCGAAUGAUAACGGAAUACUGAUGUCGCCAGUUGAAGUUUCUACAGCGUAGAAUAACGGAAGACUGAUGUCACCAGUUGAAAUUUCUACAGUGUAUAAUAACGGAACACUGAUUUCACCAAUUGAAAUUUCUACAGCGUACAAUAACAGAACACUGAUGUCACCAGUUGAAGUUUCUAAAGCGUAUAAUAACAGAACACUCGUGUCUCCAGUUGAAGUUUCUACAGUGUAUACUAACGGAAUACUGAUGUUACCACUUGAAGUUUCUACAACGUAUACUAACUGAACACUGAUGUCACCUUAUAUCUUCAUUAUCUGUAACCACACUAUAUCUAUAUUACCUAUAGCCACACUGUUUCUUUAUUACCUAUAGCCACACUAUAUCUUCAUUUCCUGUACACUGAUGUUAUCAGUUUAAGUUUCUACAGUGGAUAAAAACGGAACACUGAUGUCACCAGUUGAAGAUUCUACAGGGUAUACUAACGGAACAUUGAUUUCGCCAGUUGACGUUUCUACAGCGUAUAAUAAAGGAACAUUGAAGUCGCCAGAUGGAGUUUCUACAUCGUAUACUAACGGAACAUUGAAGUUAACAGUUGAAGUUACUACAGCGUAUAAUAAUAGAACACUGAUGUUGUUAGUUGAAGUUUCCACAGCGUAUACUAAUGGAACACUGAUGUCAUCAGUUGAAGUUUCUACAGCGUAUAAUAACGGAAUACUUAUGUCACCAGUUGAAGUUUCUACAGCGUAUAAUAACGGAACAUUGAAGUCGCAAGUGUAAUUUUCAACAGCGUAUAAUAAUGGAAUACUGAUGUCGCCAGUGUACGUUUCUACAGCGGAUACUAAUGGAACCCUGAUGUCACCAGUUAAAGUUGCUACAGCGUAUAAUAAUGGAACAUUGAAGUCGCCAGUAGUAAUUUCUACAGCGUAUAAUAACGAAACACUGAUGUCGCCAGUUGAAGUUUCUACAGUAGAUAAUAACGGAACAUUGAUUGCGCCAAUUGAAGUUUCUACAGCGUAUAAUAACGGAACCCUGAUUUUACCAGUUAAAGUUUCUACAGCGUAUAAUAAAGGAACAUUGAAGUCGCCAGAUGGAGUUUCUACAUCGUAUAAUAACGGAACCCUGAUUUUACCAGUUAAAGUUUCUACUGCUUAUAAUAACGGAACACUGAUGUUACCAGUUGAAGUUUCUACAGCAUAUACUAUUCGAACCUUGAAGUUAACAGUUGAAGUUACUACAGCGUAUAAUAAUGGAACACUGAUGUUGUUAGUUGAAGUUUCUACAGCGUAUACUAAUGGAACACUGAUGUCACCAGUUGAAGUUUCUACAGCGUAUAAUAACGAAAGACUGAUAUUACCAUUUGAAGUUUCUACAGCGUAUAAUAACGGAACACUGACGUUACCAGUUGAAAUUUCUACAGCAUAUACUAAUGGAACAGUGAAGUCGCCAGUUGAUGUUUCUACAGCGUAUAAUAACGGAACAUUGAUGUUGCCAGUUGAUUUUUCUAUAGCAUUUACUAACGGAACACUGAUGUCACCAGUUGAAGUUUCUACAGCGUAUAAUAACGGAAUAUUGAUGUCACCAGUUGAAGUUUCUACAGCGUAUAAUAACGGAACACUCAUGUCUCCAGUUGAAGUUUCCACAGCGUGUACUAACGGAACACUGAUAUCACCAGUUGAAUAUUCCACAGCGUAUACUAACGGAACACUGAUGUCACCAGUUGAAGUUUCUACAGAGUAUAAUAACGGAAUACUGAUGUCACCAGUUGAAGUUUCUACAGCGUAUAAUAACGGAACAUUGAAGUCGCUAUUUGAGUUUUGUACAGCGUUUAAUAACGGAACACUGAUGCUACCUAAUAUAUUCAUUACCUGUAACAGUAUAUCUUUAUUACCUAUAGCCUCACUAUAUCUUCAUUAACUGUAGGCACACUACAUCUUCAUUACCUGUAGUCACACUAUAUUGUCAUUACGUGUAGCUGCACUAUUUUUUAAUUGCCUGUAACUACAAUAUAUUUUUAUUACCUGUAGGAGCACUACAUGUUUAUACCUGUAGGAGCACUACAUGUUUAUACCUGUAGGAGCACUACAUGUUCAUACAUGUAGCCACACUAUAUCUUUUAUUAUCUGUAACUACACUAUAUCUUUCAUUAUCUGCAACCACAUUAUAUCUUCAUUACUUGUAGCCACACUACAUCUUCUUUACUUGUAGCCACACUAUAUCCUCAUCACCUGUAACCACACUAUAUCUUUAUUAUCUGUAGCCACCUUAUAUCUUCAUUACCUAUAACCACAAUAGAUCUUUAUUACAUAUAACCACACUACAUCUUCAUUACCUGUAGCCACACUAUAUUUUCAUUAUCUCUAACCACACUAUAUCUUCAUUACCUGUAGCCACACUAUGUCUUCAUCUCCUAUAGCCACACUACAUCUUCUUUACUUGUAGACACACUAUAUCCUGAUCACCUGUAACCAAACUAUAUCUUUAUUAUCUGUAACCACACUAUAUCUUCAUUACCUCUAACCACACUAUGUCUUCAUUACCUGCAACUUAAUAUAUCUUUAUUACCAGGAGGCACACUACAUGUUCAUCACCUAUAACCACACUAUAUCUUCAUUACCUGUAGUCACACUAUAUUUUCAAUACCUAUAGCCACACUACAUCUUCAUUAUUUGUAACCACACUAUAUAUUCAUUACCUGUAACCACACUUUGUCUUCAUUACCUGUAACCACACUACAUUUUCAUUACCUAUUGCCACACUAUAUUUUCAAUACCUAUAGCCACCCUAUAUCAUCAAUACCUAUAGCCACACUAUAUCUUCAAUACCUAUAGCCAUACUACAUCUUCAUUCUCUGUAACCACACUACAUGUUCAUUACCUGUAGCCACCUUAUAUCUUCAUUACCUCUAGCCACCUUAUAUCUUCAAUACCUGUAACCACACUAUAGCUUUAUUACCUAUAGCCACACUAGAUCUUCAUUACUUGUAGCCACACUAUAUCUUUAUUACCUGUAGCCACCUUAUAUAUAUUCAUUACCUGUAACCACACUAUAUCUUUUAUUAUCUGUAACCACACUGUAUCUUUAUUACCUAUAGGCACACUACAUCUUCAUUCUCCAUAACCACACUACAUGUUCAUUACCCAUAGCCACCUUAUACCUUCAUUACUUUUAACCACGCUUUAAUUGUAUUACCUAUAGCCACAGUAUAUCUUCAUUACCUGUAGCCACACUAUAUAUUCAUUAGCUGUAGCCACCUUAUAUCUUCAUUACCUGUAACCACCCUAUAUCAUUAUUACCUGUAGCCACCUUACAUCUUCAGUACCUGUAACCACACUAUAUCUUUAUUACCUUUCGCUACACUACAUCUUCAUUACCUGUAACCACACUAUAUCUUUAAUACCUGUAACCACACUAUAUCUUCAUUACCUCUAACCACACGAUAUCUUCGUUACCUGUAACUAAACUAUAUCUUUAUUACCUGUAGGCACACUACAUGUUCAUUACCUGUAGUCACACUAUAU